AUGCCCAACCUUCCAAAUCACAUCCUCAAGGACUUAUGCGCACGUUUCAUACUGAAUGUCCCAAAGCCAGAAUGUGAUGACAUUGUACGGUUAUUUUUCCAGAUGGAGUUGGCACACUGGUUCUAUCUGGAUUUCGUGAGGGAUGACGACGAGGAAUGUUGCUACGUUGGUAUGAAGGACUUUGCCUUUCAGAUAUUCAGGUGCUGUGACAAGUUUGCGAUUUACUUGGAAGAUUUUGAUCGGUACUACGAAGAGUGGAAGGUGUAUAAGAGUGCUGUGCCGACGUACGGCGCUAUCCUUCUGGACCCUACACUUCAAUAUUGCCUACUGUUGCAAGGGUAUAACGUGAAGGCAAGCUGGAGUUUCGCUAAGGGCAAGGUCAAUGAAGACGAGCGACCAGAAGAAUGUGCCAUUCGAGAGGUGUACGAAGAGACAGGAUUCGACAUUAAGAAGCUGAUAGAUCCGAGUAACUUCCUGGAGCACUCCAUGAACGAGCAGACGUGUCGCCUCUACGUUGUUCGCGACGUACCGAUGGAUACCAAAUUUAAACCACUGACUAGGAAUGAAGUGAAGCGUUAUAGUUGGUUUGAGGUUGAAAACUUACCUACUCACAAACUGGACCCAACGAGCAAGUUGAAACUGAACAUUCCGUCCAACAAUUUCUUCAUGGUUAUGCCUUUUGUCAGAGAGUUGAAGCAAAGGAUAUCUGAGAUGAAAGGCAGAGAUAUGAAAAUGGAAGAAAAAGAAAAUGGAGAAAGAAAAUUUGAUAAACAACCAGAACAACGAAAACAACAAAAACAACACAAACGGCAACAAAAACAUCAACAGCAGCAACAAAAACAGCAGCAACAAAAACAGCAGCAACAACAGCAGCAGCAACUAAAUUUAUAUCAGCAUGCAAACGAACCCAUGAACUUUGGGAAUCAACCGCUGCUACCAGGAACCUCUAGACAAUUGGAACAAUCGGUCAGAAACAAGCCACUACUUCAAACGCCAUCACAGUAUCUACACUUUCCUCCCCAUCAAACUCCAUUCAUGCAGCAGUAUCAGCCACAGCAGCAACAAACGCCACUUCUAACACCAUUCAUGCAGCAGUAUCAGCCAACGUAUCAGCCAACAUAUCAGCCACAAUACCAGUCACAGCAGCAACAACUAUUACAACAGUGGCAAGUGAAUCAGCAGCAACAAAGAAGACCACAUCAUCAUCAAGAAUAUUUUGACAGUUUUCUACAGAACUCUGAAAAGAUAGGUGGCACAGAGUCACCGACCACCUCAACCCCACAAUCCAGUCGUCAUCGUCAUCCCCAUAAAAAAAUCGAUACUGUUGGUUCACACUCGAGUGAACAUUCCAGUGAUGAACAGACGAUGGCUACACGCAGGACAGAACGUUUCGGGUACCCUGCUUCGCGUAGUGAAUUUGGUGAAGAAGAGCCCUCACCACCUCAUGGUGCAAGCGACCAACACAGCCAGAGAAUCAUCGGUGGAAAUGUCACUGAUAACAAGAGGACGGCAGCCAGCAAGCACAAAACUCCAUUGCUCCAACUUCCUUCACAGCAAGGUGUUCAGAUGAAAAGUUCAUCGGCAGGAAAGAUCACCUCCAAUCCAACAACUGCAACAAGUGCAAGAUCGCUCACCAACUCAACACACUCACCAUCAAAAAAUCCAAGUUCAACAUUGAUAACAACAUCAAAAACGGAUUAUAAAACAUCUAUUAUUACUACUGCUACUACUACUGCUGCUGCUACUACUACUACUGCUGCUGCUGCUACUACUACUACUACUGCUACUAUUACUGCUGCUACUACUACUGCUACUACUGCUGCUACUUAUACUUGGACGACACCAGAAACUGUGACGAUAGCCACUAAAUCUAAUGAAGCCUUUCUUGCCUACAACUUCAUGUCACCGGCCUGGUCAAAUUUCAAACUGGACGUCGAACAGCUGUUGAAUGCCAUGUGCAGCUGAAUGAUUGAUUGAUUGGUUGGUUGGUUGGUUGAUUGAUUGAUUGGUUGAUUGAUUGAUUGGUCAACUGAAUGAUUG